AUACAGGUAUUUACAUGGAUUGAUGUUACACUCCAUCUUGCAGGUUUUGCCUCACCCCUCUAGGCUGCCCAAAUAUUGGAUCCAGUACAUAUUUCUGAUGGCUCCUCCAGGGUGGGAUUUUAUUUGGAGUCCCACCCUUUCUUUUGAAUUUGCUUAUCACUUGAUAGCAACUUUAUUCACUCAUUAAAACCCAACCCAAAGUCACCUCGUCUGGGAAGACACACAAGCUCUUCCAGAAACAGUCUCUCUUUUCCCCACUGCUCUCUCAUUGCCUUUCUCCUAUUGCACUUCUCCUUGGUUUGUGUGUCUGCCUCAUCCAUGAGACUGUAGCCUGGCACCAUGUCAGGCACGUAGCAGGAUUUCAACAGAAGGAUGUGGAUCGAAUGGAUGAUCCAAUGAAAGGAGAGGCACACAGGAGGCUGACCACAAAUGAAAUAUCUGGUUUGGACUUUUCAGCCACCAUCACUUCACUUUCCCUCCUGCUAUGGGGGAAACUCAAGAGAUGAGUUAUGGGUGGGCUAAGACAGCAAGCUGGGAGCUGGUGAAGAAGAUGGAGUGGGCGACCCUUGGCUGUCACUGGGCUUCUGCCAGCCAAUGCUUGGAAACCCUAGAUGGAUCAAGGAAUAUCAUGACCCAACAACGGCCUUCACAAUGGGAAGAAGCUGGGUCGAAGCAGAAGUCAGAAAGGCCAAGGGAAUGGAGAGGCCGAGAAAGGGCGAGAGAAACAAAGAAGUCUAUGUACUUGGCGCUUCUUUGUUGCCCAGAUCCUCCACUCUGCUCCCUGCUUUCUCCCUCAGAGAAGGAGGGGGAAGAGGAGGAGGAGAGUGGGUGGAGAGGGAGGCGGAGGAGAAAGAGGUCAGGAGGAGCGCAUUGCUAACGUGCGCAGCCCUUACCCAAGCCAGGCGCCGGCGCGCGCAUCUACCGCGAUCUCAGGCCCCGGCGUUUGUGGCAGCUCUCGGUUACCAUGGGAACCGCACUCCGCAGCCUCCCCGGGCCCCAUCUAAUCUGCGUGUGUGCGUGGCGGAGAAUUCUAAGCCUCUGCACCUGCCCUCGCCUUCCCUUUCCCAGCCUCUCUCCUGGCGGGGAACUGUUUGGACCAAGCGUCAGCGGCGGCCAGAAAGUUUUCCUGCUGUCUGCGUGAAGGUCGCCUGUGUCAGGGGGAAGUUGCAGCCGUGGGGAUUGUGUUUCCCUGAAUGGAGACAGUACACGUCAGACCUCCAGGCUGGGACUUUCUAGAAUUCUGGGGUCCAGCGCUAAGCUUGUGGUGGCUGCGUAGAUGAAGAGAUAGGACAUGUGGCUCCCAGAGCCCUGAAUGGGCUCACUGGAGCUGGUCCCCAGGACAAGGCCCUCAGCAGCCUGGAUGACAGCCCCUCUGCCCUCGAGUCCUUUCCAGGGGGAAAGGAACUGCCCUGAAGGGGAUAGAGAGACCCACAAGGGGUUGAUGUGGGGGCAAGGGUUGGAGAAAGCUAAGUUCCCAUGUCCUGGCCACUGUGAGUGGACUUGCAGGAGUGGCAGAAUGGUCAGGUGCGGUGGGAGGCUGGGUUGCAAACCGCUUCUGUGUAGGCAUUCCUGGUCAGUUGUCACAGAGGUUUCAGAAGGACCUCAAUCUUUGAAGUGCUUGCAAUUUGCCUUUUCUUUUCUUUUUCUUCUCAUUAUACUUUAAGUUCU